UUCGCUUUUUUUUUCGAUUCUUAGCAUUUCGUCGAGUAGUGCUUCUGCGACCCAACACGAAAACGAUGGUGAAAUUGAACCCCCUCUCUCUGAAGAAAUCUUCAAAUCAGGUCCGAAAAUGGGUUCUUAUAAGCAAGGCGAUUCAACCUUUUAUUCACUCAUUGAAAAUUAUGCCGAUUUGGGUGACUUCGGGACGGUGGAGAAGGUUUUAGGUCGAAUGAAACGGGAACAAAGAGUUCUCAGGGAAAAUAAUUUCAUUGUGUUGUUCAAAGCCUAUGGAAGGGCGCAUUUACCGGAGAAGGCGGUGGACUUGUUCCAUAGAAUGGUGGAUGAGUUCCACUGUAGGAGAACUGUUCGAUCUUUGAAUUCAGUUCUUAAUGUAAUUAUCCAAGAAGGCCUUUUUUCUCGUGCUCUGGAGUUCUAUUCAAUUAUUGUUGGUGCUAAUAAUAAUAUUAUGCCGAACGUUCUCACUUAUAACUUAAUUAUAAAAGCUGCAUGUAGACUGAGAUUUGCUGAUAAAGCAGUUGAAGUGUUUAGAGAAAUGUCACUUCGGAAAUGCAUCCCUGAUGUAUUCACCUACAACACACGAAUGGAUGGGUUGUGCAAAGAUGAUAGAAUUGACGAAGCAGUUUCACUUUUGGACGAGAUGCAGAUAGAGGGGUGUUUCCCGAACCCUGUAACAUUUAAUGUGUUGAUCAACGAGCUUUGCAGGAAGGGAGACAUCACUCGUGCGGCCAAGCUUGUAGACAAUAUGUUUCUCAAAGGUUGUGUUCCAAAUGAAGUGACACAUAACAUUCUUAUCCAUGGCUUGUGUCUUAAUGGUAAGUUGGACAAGGCAGUUGGUCUUUUGGAUCAGAUGUUGUCGAAAAAAUGUAUGCCUAAUCAUGUCACUUAUGGAACAAUAAUCAAUGGGCUUGUUAAGCAAGGAAGAGCAGUUGAUGGGACCCUUGUAUUAAUAUCUAUGGAAGAGAAAGGGCAUUGUGCAAAUGAGUAUAUUUAUUCGGCUCUUAUUAGUGGAUUGUUCAAGGAGGAAAAACCCAAGCAGGCGAUGAGACUGUGGAAAGAAAUGACAGAAAAGGGUUGCAAGCCCAAUACUGUUGUUUACAGUGCUCUCAUAGAUGGUCCCUGUCGAGAAGGGAAACCAGAGGGAGCAAAAGAAGUUCUCAUUGAGAUGAUGAAUAAGGGUUGCUCACCCAAUGCUUUCACUUAUAGCUCCUUGGUGAAAGGUUUCUUCAAGGCAGGUGAAGCUCAAAAAUCUAUUCUCUUGUGGGAAGAAAUGGCAAGUAGUAAUUGUAUUCAUAAUGAGGUUUGUUAUAGCAUACUCAUCCAUGGCCUAUGCAAGGAUGGAAGGCUGAGGGAGGCUAUGAUGGUGUGGAAGCACAUGUUGGGCAGAGGAUGUAAACCCGAUUCUGUCUCUUACACCUCAAUGAUUCAAGGCUUCUGCAAUGCUGGUGCUAUAGAACAGGGUUUAAAACUUUUCAAUGAGAUGCUUUGCCAGGAGUCUGAGUCUCAACCAGAUUUGCUCACUUAUAACAUAUUAUUCAAUAGCUUAUGUGAGAAAAAUAACAUCUCCCAUGCUGUUGAACUUCUAAACAGUAUGCUUGAUCGAGGCUAUGAUCCUGACAUAGUCACAUGCAACAUUUUUUUGAGAACUUUGAGAGAGAAGGUAAUCCCACCUCAAGAUGGGCAAGAGUUUCUAGAUGAGCUUGUAGUGCGGCUACAUAAGCGUGAUAGAUUUAUUGGUGCUUCCAGAAUUUUACAAGUGAUGCUGCAGAAGUUUCUGCCACCAAAACCCUCCACUUGGGAAAGGGUUGUUCAGAAGCUUUGCAAGCCUAAGAAGACUAGAGCAGUCAUUGACAAAUGCUGGAGAGACUUAUUUUGCUGAUAUAGCCCUCUCACAUUCUAGGUGUGUGGCAAUCUAUCUGGACAUUUUGGAUAAUGGAAAGAACUCUCUGGAAUGAGGUAUUGAAAGAGGAGACUGACAAUAUUUUCAAUGAAAG